AUGGGUAAACAACUUGAAAAUGAAAUGGAAAAUCCUUUUGACAAGUCUAAAUGCCAUCCAAAUGCAUUGACCACAAAGAAGUAUGGUGUUAACAAGGAGUUGUUGAGGGCUUGUGCUAGCAGAGAAUUUUUGCUCAUGAAGCGAUUUCCUUUGUCUACAUAUUCAAAGCCACACAAGGGACUUACUUAUUUAGCUAUCUUGACAACAACAUUGUUUCUCCGAACCAAGAUGAACCUUUAUACCAAGGCAGAUGCAGAAAGUUACGUGGGAGCUCUAUUCUUCACUGUCACAGUUGCAAUGUUCAACGGAAUAUCAGAACUGAAUAUGGCCAUCAUGAAACUUUAUAUGGCAUCAGCACUGUUUCGGUUGAUGGCUGAAGUAGGAAGGGAUAUUGUCGUGGCAAACACUGCUGGCACAUUUGCACUGCUUACAAUUACAGCUGUGCACAAAUGGUUUCUGUAUGGUUACUGGUCCUCACCAAUGAUGUAUGGACAGAAUGCUAUAGCUGUGAAUGAAUUUCUUGGGCGUAGUUGGAGAAAGGUUAGUCCUAAUUCCAAUGAAACAUUGGGAGUGUUGAUACUGAAAUCUCGUGGAUUUUUCCCUCAAGCUUAUUGUUAUUGGAUUGGAAUAGGAGCUUUGAUUAGUAAUGUUUUUCUGUUCAACUUUCUCUUCACCCUGGCUUUGCAAUAUCUCAGUCCAUUCAGAAAGGAUCAAGCAGGUUUAUCCCAAGAGAAGUUGUUCGAGAGAAAAGCUUCAAUGGGUGAAGAGCUCUUUCAGUUACCAACAACAAAGAGGUCCUCUGGUGAAUGGAAAAAGAAGCAACCCCAUCCUUUUCUGGAGAAGUUGGUAAAAACAACUAAGCAAGUGAUAGGGAAGGAGAAGCAUGGUUCUUCCCUUUCAACCUCUAUCCUCACUUUUGAUGAGAUAAGAUAUUCUGUAGACAUGCAACAGGUAUUAGUGGUGCUUGUUUUUAGGCCAGGGGUGCUAACAGUUCUGAUGGGUGUAAGUGGUGCUGGCAAGACUACUCUAAUGGAUGUUCUAUCUGGAUGGAAAACAAGUGGAUACAUCGAAGGAAGCAUCACAAUAUCCUGA